GUGGCACUAUGGCCGGAUUUAAAGUUAGUUCAAGAUGGAGUGACUGCUGAAGGCAGCGGAAAGGUGCUGCCUGGAGGGCAUGCAGAUUCCUGACUGAGCUCAGCACCGGUCUUUCCGGUCACGUGCUUUAUGGAGCAGCUGCUAGACGCGUUAUUGCUAGGCAACGCUUGCAGGCUCCUUGCUAGGUUGGAUCCCUGCAGUGUGGGAUCUGGGCGCCGCGGGCCGACAUGGACCAGUAUUGCAUCCUCGGUCGCAUCGGGGAGGGCGCCCACGGCAUCGUCUUUAAAGCCAAGCACGUAGAGACUGGCGAGAUCGUUGCCCUCAAGAAGGUGGCCCUGCGGCGGCUGGAGGAUGGUAUUCCUAACCAGGCCCUCAGGGAAAUCAAGGCUCUGCAGGAGAUCGAGGACAGUCAAUAUGUGGUACAGCUGAAGGCUGUGUUCCCACAUGGUGCAGGCUUUGUGCUGGCUUUCGAGUUUAUGCUGUCGGACCUGGCGGAGGUGGUGCGCCAUGCCCAGAGGCCACUGGCCCCAGCACAGGUUAAGAGCUACCUGCAGAUGCUGCUCAAAGGUGUUGCAUUUUGCCAUGCCAACAACAUCGUGCAUCGGGACCUGAAGCCUGCCAACCUGCUCAUCAGUGCCUCGGGCCAGCUCAAGAUAGCUGACUUUGGACUGGCGCGGGUCUUCUCUCCAGAUGGUGGUCGCCUCUACACACAUCAGGUGGCCACCAGGUGGUACCGAGCUCCUGAGCUCCUGUACGGUGCUCGGCAGUAUGACCAGGGCGUUGACCUAUGGGCUGUAGGCUGCAUUAUGGGAGAGCUGUUGAAUGGAUCCCCCCUAUUCCCGGGAGAAAACGACAUUGAACAACUGUGCUGUGUGCUUCGAAUCCUGGGUACCCCGAGUCCUCGAGUCUGGCCGGAGAUCACAGAGCUGCCUGACUACAACAAGAUCUCCUUCAAGGAGCAGGCACCAGUGCCCCUGGAGGAGGUGCUGCCUGAUGCCUCUCACCAGGCCCUGGACCUGCUGGGUCAGUUCCUCCUCUACCCUCCACGACAGCGUAUUGCAGCCUCCCAGGCCCUUCUGCAUCAGUAUUUCUUCACAGCUCCUCUGCCUGCCCAUCCGUCUGAGCUGCCAAUUCCUCAGCGCCCAGGGGGACCCACACCCAAGGCUCACCCAGGGCCCCCCCAUGUCCACGACUUCCAUGUGGAUCGUCCUCUUGAGGAGUCACUGUUGAAUCCAGAACUGAUCCGGCCCUUCAUCCCAGAGGGCUGAGAUGCUGGUCCAGUCCUUCCUGCUCAACCCAGGUGCACCGAGACAGCUAUUCUUCUGCCUCAUCCUGAUUGGCCUCCAUGGCCUCCCCAUGGCUAUAUAUACCACACCCGGUUCUGCUUCUUAGCGUGCUUGAGGGCUGGGCUCUGAGAGGCAGAACCAUGAAGAUGUUCACCGCAGCAGAGAAAGAGACUCACAGCCCCCAGACACAGCCUCCGGAAACUGCCAGCUGUGUCCUUCUCUGGGGCCAUCUCUCAGUGGUGCUACCUGACCUUAGAGAGAUUCUCAGGCUCUGUCUCCUCUUCAAGGACAUUGAUACUACAGCACCACCUGGGGGAAGCACAGAGAAUAAGCUGUCUUCAUAUGGGGACACAGCUGGGAAGUCAGACAUGCUUUGGAGAUUCACAUAAAAGCCCUGGGUGUUUCUGCCUGUAUUUGCACCUUGUCUGUUGUUGUUAGGGAAAGGGCCUUAAUUCAUAGGGGUCAGGUACCCAGAAGGUGCCUCUAGUAAGGGCCAUUUGGGUCCUGAGGUUUCCUGUGCUCUUCAUGGGACUUGAGAGCUCAUUUGGGAGUGAGGUCUGGAAGUUGAGGCCCAGGGAUGGACAGUGCAGUUCCCAGAGCACACUUUCCACGUGUUGGGUGUUAGUCAGUGAGCCAGAGCCUGUUGUGCAGAUGCGAAGCAGGCUUUCCUGGAAUUCACUCGGUAAGUAGGUUCCAGUGUGACUCAGCCAGCUUGCUUUUUAUUUCAUAGGAAUAUAUUAAGAUGAGUCUAAAAGGCGGUUCUCUACUUCCCAGUGCUGCAACCCUGUAGUACAGUUCUCCCCACAACAAUAAAAUUAUUUUUGUCAUGCUUUGUAA